GAAAAAGCUACAGUGCGUCGCGUAACAUCGUGGGGAGUGUUUGUGUGUUACGUGACAUAUUUCCCGGUUCAACGCACUCUGCUUCGCGAAAACAAAGACUCGAUUCUCGUGUGUUGUUCACAUCGAACAUAAAAGAGAUUUUUAUCGGAAGGUCAGUUUACUUCAUUAAAAACGAGAAGGAAUGCUCUGAAGUAUCGCACAGAAUGCUGGAGAGCCGAUGAGAUGUGGAGCCCGGUGGACAGCGGCGGGGGCGGCGGGGCAGCGCGGCCGCUGCCGUGCGCACGUGGCAAGCACUCCGCCGCGCUGCUGGGCGGCUACGUGUACGUGCUGGGCGGCCGCGGCGCCGGCGGCGCAGUGCCGCUGCGAGACUUCUGGAGGUACAGCUUGGCGACGGGCAGAUGGGAGAAGCUGGAGUGCCGAGGAGACCCGCCACCAUCCCUGCAGGAGCACACCACCACGGCGCACGAGAACAAACUGUACGUGUUUGGCGGCGAGGCGGGCGCGCUCUCCAACGAGACACCGCUUUGGAUCUACGACACUGAGGUUCAAAUCUGGCGCAAGCUGCCAGGCCAGUCGUACACGUCCACGCUGCGGCGGCGAGGGUCCAAAGACCCCCGGAACAGUGGCAUCGGACCGCGUGGCCGGCGGGGUCACUCGGCCCAUGCUCUCAAAGACUGCCUGCUUAUCUAUGGCGGUUAUAAGGAUCUGAGGGGCUCUACGCAUGAACUUUGGGCUUUUCAUUACGAGACGGAGUCGUGGCAGGCGGUGCGCACGGCGGCGGCGGGCCCGGCGCGGCACCGGCACGCGGCGGCGCUGCACGACACGCGCCUGUACGUGCACGCCGGCCGCUGCGACCUGCGCGAGUGCGCCGACCUCUGGUACUACGACACCAUGUCGCGCGUGUGGAGCGCGGUGCGCGGCGCGGGGCGCGCGGGGCCGGGCGCGCGCUCGGGACACGCGGGGCUGCGCGCCGGCGGGCACUUCUACAUCUACGGCGGUGAGGCGCACGGGCACCCCACCAACGAGCUCUGGCGCUUCCACUUCGCGACGGAGACGUGGGAGCGCGUGUGUCCGUCGCUGAAGUGGCCGUCGCCGCGCGUGGACAGCUGCCUGCUGCUGCUGGCGGCGCCGCCCCCGCGCAUGCGCUCCGCCCCCGCGCGCGCCCUGUCCUCGCGCCACUCGUUCACGACGCGGCCCGACCCGCCCGCCAGCCUGCUAAAGGAGAUCUCGAAGCUGUCCUCGUUCCACAUCCGCCGCGCUGCGCGCUGCUCGUACUCCGCACUCGCGGGAGAAAAAGACUCCACUGAAAGUCUCGUCAGACAUGAAGCGGCACUGUCAAAGUCUCAUUCCGCGUACGUUAUCGAUAAACGCCAGCCCGCCGACGGUGAUGAGAGUCCGCGGGAAGGCGACGUGCCGGAGUUCCGCUCGGAGAUAUCCCGCGAGCCGAUUUCGGUGCCAGAUUUCGCUGAUAUGAUCCUGCCGACGCCUGUGCUGUCACCCGUCGAAGCCACCAAACUGGUUUACCUGGACUCUGAGGAUGAAGAAGAGGUGAAGCGCGAGUCAGAGCGCAAGAAGCGUGACGUCACCAUCAAGAUGAGUGAGACUACAACGGUAGUGAUACCGAAGUCGGCGUCGGUUAAGUUUACGAACACAGUGAUCACCGACGAUGAAAACGAGCUGUCCACGUCGGACUACGCGAGCGCGGAGAAAGUCAACAGGCUGUCCGGCACGCUGGGCUUCAGCAACCCGCAUUACCUCGGACCCGACAUAAGGAAGCUGGGUGCCGCGCUCACUCCGGACUCGGGCGUGGGGCCCGGGGACAUCGAGCUGCAGGACCUGGGCCCCAGGCGGGCACGCAGCGCACCGCGGAAUGGGGAGGUCCAACUACACCUGCUGCUUGUGGGGGGCAAGGAACCCCCGCAUUUAGCACUAUUCCAAAGUCCUAUUUCUAUGUGGACCUAUCGUUUGUUGUAAUUAGCUAGGACCUCGGCUAAGUCGUUUCAUGUCAACUGUAUAUUCUUAAAGGCUUCUAACUUCUAAGGUAUAAUCUCGGAAUAAAAACUGGUGUGGCUAGUUAGUACUGACAUUGACUUGCCUUUACUCGAUUUCAUAUUUACUAGAUUCCAUAACAAAUAAACCUGCUACAAACUCUGUGCAUUGAUUAGUCCCAGAAAUACAAAUGAAAUCUAAAGACAGACAUGGAAUGACGUUAGAAGGCGAGGCACUUAGCGUAGCAUCUUCGACGUCCAUUAGAGGCUAGUUGAGUCGAGAGUAGAGUAGUGGUAGCUUUCGGCUCUAGGAGCGGGGCGUAACUCUCCGGUGGGGAGAUGGGGUCAAGCAAACCAAGUCAAAACACUGGCCAAAUAAUUAUAAAUAUUGGUCAAUUCUCCCCUGAAUUUUGUUUGUAGUUACGCCAGUGCGUAGGCGAAGUUUUUCUUAUUAGAAAGAAAAGAUUAUCAUAAAUGAUUUUAAAAAAAUAUCUCAAAUGUAUUAUUGAAUAUCAUGACAAUGUUUUAAGAAUGAAUAAAAUUGUAAAUCUUAAAAAAAUACAGAGCUGCAUUUGGAAAAAGAUUUUGGAUUUUUAAUAAUGAUUGAAUCAGUAAAAACGUGCAAUAAAAUUUUAUUUCUUCUAUAAGAUUUUUCAAAAAUUAUUUCAUUAUGUUUUAUUUAAUAAAUAUUAAGUAGGGUAAUACACAAAUGCAUACUUUAAUAAUUCGGUGUUGUAUUCAUUCUUAAAACUUAUUAUACUAAAAAGCAAGUAAUAUGAAAUUACGCUAAAUAUAUUAAAGUAAAAAAAAAACAAUUAUGUAUUCGGCAUGAAUUCAAUUUAAAAUCCUUGAUCUUUCGAAUAAAUUCAUUUGAAUUUUGAAGCCGUUAAACAAAAUGGCGGCACUCAGGGGUACCACAGCAGACGUUUUAAUUUUUUUAAUAACAAAAUUAAUUAUGAUUCAUGUUUAUUCAUCAUUAACGUGAGUGGCGGGAAUAAUAAUGGUGCUUAGUGUCUGCAAGAGUCACUGUUGUCGGUUCUAGUGUUCAUCGAUGGUUACAGUAGUUGGUAGCCCUGGGUAUUCAAAUUGUAACGUCCAAAUUGAUUCGUAAAUAGCAAUGUAGUUUAUAAGAGGCGAGGUACAUUAGUGCCAACAUUCAAGUAUUUUAGCCAUGUAGCAUUUAUACAUUAUGUUUUUAUUUAUUUUUGAUACAUGUUAUGCGUUAUUUGUUGCGAUUCCGUUUUUAUUGUUGUUUACAGGGUUUAUGUUCGAAUUGUUUCCACAUAGAUAUAAGUUUUCGUAUGUAAUUACUUAACUAAACGUGAUAUUGGCACAGAUAUCUCACUACUGAUAUAUUUGUUGCUUUUCUUUUCUAAUACUUUUUUAUUUAUUAAAGAGCUAUUGCGACCAAGUCCAGGAUAGGAAUAUUAAUGUACUUUUUAAGAUACUUUGAUUUAUUUUGUCAUUGUUAUAAAUGAUUUUUUUCAAAGGCGGCUAUUAUGUUUUCCUUUAAAUCUAAGGAUAAGUACCUAUGUCGUGUACUUUUGCAUGUGUUUCUGGUGCCGAUGUCAUCUAAUAAAGUGAUAUGUUACAUUACCCACCUUAGACGUUUUGUUUUAGUUUAUAACUAGAUGCCUUGUGCUCGUUAAACCACUGAAAAAUAAUUUAUUAUUAUUAUUAAAUAAUUUUGCGCCGCGUUAAUGAAUUGGUGGUACAUAUAGGACUAAAUUCAACGGCAAAUUAUAAUCAUUUUUUUUUGCAUACGACUGAUUUUGACAAUUAAAAUAUAUUAUGAAGCGGCUCAGAGCAACACAAGCCUUUCGUUAUUACCAUCAAUAAUUCUAGACAUAAAGUACUUAUAUAAAUUAUAAUUGAUAUCGAGGUUAAUCAUUUUGGCGGGAAUUUGGCCUAUCUGGAAUAUUUGACGAUAGUACAAUAUUUAAAAAUAAAAGCCUAACAAUACUAGUACAUCGAUGCCACGUCUAACGAGCACAAGGCUACCAUGAUGCAUUUAUUUUGUAUAUAAAACUGGUACUUAUGUGUUUUGUAGCUGCUCCGUGUUUUUAAGGCAUUUGAUGUGCGACGUACACAUACGCGCCAACUUGAUACGUGAAUUACUUAGUGUUACAUAAUACUUGGACGCUCCCUUGUUACCAAUAUCAAUACUGCUCGCCUUGAUGGGAAGGCACCUGGACCUAAUGUUCCUUAAUCCGCACCUGUUAUGUUAGUUGGCGCGUGUUCGUACAAUUUUAUAGCAUUGCUAAGACUGAGUAGAGUAGAUGUCAGUCCCUUUGUGUGUAAUUCGUUUUGUAUAAUUCUGUCGUCCCUACAUGACAAACAUUUAAUAUGGCGCAAGUUACAUUCGUACUAAAAUCUUUACUAAUGUAAUAUUUAUUUUUAAUUGAAUAUGAUUUUAAGACUUCAAAAAAGAGGUUUUGAAUCGGUGUGUAUUUUUUUAUAAAAAUAAGUAGACUCGAUAGUUGUACUAGAAAAUUAAAUACCUGGCUAGUGUAUGUCAUCUAUACUAUUUCGUCAGAAGUUGUCGUGUGGGGUCGACGGUGUUGUUCUGGCGCCAAUCUUUAUAUGCGGUCUGAAGUUAGGCAGUACCCAGGUUAUACAAAUGAGACAAUCGCCCUCAGUGCUUGUCACUGUACACUUACCACAAGUUUAUUUAACUUGACAUUCGCAUAACGUAUCACAAUUGCUAUAAAACCUAAGCCCUAAUGUUAUACACAAAUCGAUAAUAAAACAUUUGAAUUGCGAAACCGCUUGUGACUCACUUCACACUGUAUACAAAGAUGGCGGCGGCUCUCUACAUUCCUUGCCAGUUUGAUAACAAUGUAAUUUAUAAUUAAAUUCCCGAUCGAGUAUGUUCACAUGUUAUUAAACGUAGUUACGGCC